AUGAUUCCAAAUUUAUUUUCUCCUCAACAAAUUAACACUCAAAAUAAUAAAAGUUCUCCUUUAAUAUCUUCUGAGCCUUCAAUUAAAAUUGCUUACGGAUCUGUGGGUAUUAGCCUUUUUUGUCUUGGUGUAAUGGCGUUAUUGCUUCCUUUGCUUCAUUAUCGGCUAGAAACUGCCUCUACGGAUAUUGAACGUCGAAUGGAUGCUUUUAAAUUCGCCUCGAGAAAUAUUUGGAAAGAAUUAUUAUUUGAAGAAUCGGGAAGUCGUGUUCGCCGUCAAUCUGGUGGUGAUUACGGGGCAGAAGAGCAAUGCACAAGUUGUGUUCAAUUACAAUGCCCUCCUGGGCCUCCAGGUCCGCCUGGAGUUAAUGGAGAGGAUGGGGUGGAUGGACAGCCUGGACGGCCGGGAAAGCCUGGACUUGAUGGACUGGACGUGCCUCUUGAACCAGAGCCCAGCUUUCCAUGCGUGAUCUGUCCAGCAGGACCUCCAGGCAACAGAGGCCCUCAAGGCGAAGCAGGACGGCCUGGGCCACCCGGAGAACCUGGUCAUGCAGGUCUACCGGGAAGGCCAGGGAAGCCUGGACGUGUUGGUGAUGCCGGAUUGCCUGGUGUGAGAGGAGAAACAGGAGAGCCUGGCAUGAAAGGUCCUCCUGGAGAUGACAGUAUCGGCGGAACCGGAAUCAAAGGGCCGCCAGGUCCUCCCGGCCCGCGCGGACCGAAAGGACCACCUGGGCCCAAUGGCACGCCUUCACAGAAUGCCGGACCUCCAGGACCUGUUGGAGAGCCAGGACCACCUGGUCCACCAGGUAAAAGAGGAGAGCCAGGACCUCCUGGGCCAAUAGGAGCGCCAGGGGAUGCUGGAGAAUCUGGAGGGCAUUGCCCAUCCUCAUGUGGAAUUCAAAAUAUUAUUGCACCCUCAAUUGCUGAAUUAGAUACUGGAGAUAUUCAUCAACCAAAAAGUGGAGGUUAUUGA